AUGUCGCUCGUCGAGGCUGCUGACGGAAUUCUGGAGACGCAUGUGUCAUGGGAAGAGCUCGAAGCGAAACUUCAAGAAACACUUGGAACGAAUGCCAAAUUUGGGCCGAACAAAACCGCCGAGAGUAUUGGCGAUUUCAAGGGAUUUUCUUCGAAAAUUGCAUUAAUUGAGCCUGAUUGGACUGAUAAAAGAGACGAUGAGGAUUUGCCGAAAAAAUUUGUGUGCAAGAUCUGCAGUCUGCUGAGUCUCGCGAAUUUACAGAAAAUGCUCAAUUUGAAAGAAGAAGAUGGCUGGACGAAGGAAAAAUUUGAAGCAGUUGCUCCAUUAUUCCGAACGGUUCAUAACCAUGAAAUUAUGAUUUAUGAGAUAAUGAUGAAUGAACUAAACAAUGGACAUUCGAAUUUAAAGUUUCCCAAAUUAUUUGGAGCUCAGAAAUUUGAAGGAGAGAAUGUGCUUCGCGCCUACAUCAUAACCGAAUAUGUCGAGAAUGUGCAUCAAAUUGAAAUGCAUGAGACAAUCAGUGUUGAAAGUAUGGAAUCGGUUUUAAGAGCAGUCGCUUCCUAUUCAGCGAUCGGUACAAGAUUGAGCGAGGAAGAGCUGAAAUUCGCCAAAGAGCUCGAUGUCAUCCAAAUUCUGUUUCAGCAAUUUUUCGACAAAAAGGGAUUGCAGAGUAUUUUCAGGAAUAUGAAUACACAUUACCCAAUUGAAUAUAAGGAAGACAUCGAUGAGCUAAAUCGAUUGUUUGAUGAGGUGUUCACAACGACGGAAUAUUUGGCGAAAUUGUCGAAUAGUGCUGGAUUGUUAGCGCAUAAACAGGCGCUGUUACAUGGCGAUAUGUGGGGUUCGAAUCUGCUAUUCGCGAGAAAUGAGAGGAAUGUGCUCACGCUGAAAUCAUUGAUCGAUUACCAGGUGGUUCGCAUGGGAUCCCCUGGACAGGAUAUUGCUCGAUUAUUCGCUUCCUGUCUUACCAAAAACGAUCGUCGUGAGAAGCGGGACCAUCUUCUCAAAGUAUUCUACGAAGAGUUUGUGAAGGAAAUCGGCGAUCGCGGGGUUCCUUACACGUUCGACCAGCUUGUCCAAUCCUAUGAAUUGUUCUUUCCAACAAUGGGAUUCAUUGCAAUUCCCAAUUCAAUGCAAUUUUUCGAUUUUACGAAACUCUCUGAAAAUGAGAAAGCAAUGCUACUCGAUUCUGUGCUGGACAAAAUGAUUGGACUUCUUGACGACGUCCUCGAAACCCAUAGGAGAAAUCUGAGCAAAUUUCCACAAUUUUUCCAAUAA